CUCCCCUAUCCUUCAAGCUUUCCUCCCCUUCUCUCUCGUUUGUUCCUAGCACUUCUUUCUCCUCACCAUGCAACAAGGAGAGGUUGCCAGCAUUCACUACCUUUCACCUUCCAAUCCACUUUCUUCUCCAGCCCAUGACGGCAUGCCUCAGAACUGCGUCACCUCCUUCGGUUGUGGAAGUCUCUUUGGACCUCGUCUGGCACAGCUCCAGGCCGUGCCAAUGAUGCACGACCUCGGCUUUCCAAGCUCCUGUUUCGGUUCUGGUGCAACCUCAGAUGAGGCAGGUGACCACCAAGCGAGCUUGGCGGAGGAGAGGAAGAAGAGGAGGAUGAUAUCCAACAGGGAGUCGGCUCGCCGGUCGCGGAUGAGGAAGCAGAAGCAGCUGAGUGAGCUGAGGUCGCAGGUCAUGUAUCUCCGGUCGGUGCACCGCCGGCUCCUCGACCAGCUAAACUGUGUGAUGAGACAGCGUGAUGAGAUCAACUCCGAGAUUGAGAAGCUGAGAGAUGAGAACACUGAGCUCCGGAGGAAACUUGAGAACCUUGCGGCGAAUUGAAUUAGCUUCCUUCUUCUUCCACUGGACCAGAUGAGUGACAGGCCACUGCAACUACAGGAUUGCUUCGACGAGGGGAGAGGGCUCGUUUUUCGUGUUCUUCCUUUACUUUCUUGUGCGGCAUGAGCAUUAGCCUGUCUCAAACAAUUCCACCUAAUUUGAGUUGCAUGAUCUAACAAGAUUCAGAAACACUGACCCGAUCGAUCUGCAUCCACUAAAAUCACAAGUUCAAGAGCAAUAAUAGACUGAUGGAAAUUUCUCCAAACUCAUUCUACCUUAAGGGCAACAGAGUGAUCAUGCAACAGUACCUCAAAAGGAAAUGCCUUCAUGGCAGUUCUUAGAGCAUGAAUGCCAUGCCCUGUUUCAGAUUACAUCCUGCAGAAUGUGGCCAUGAUUUGUUCCUAAACAUACAAAUUUGUUCCUUCCAUGUCUGCUCUCUGGUGGUUUCAUAUGGAGCAGACUGAAGUCUUGGUUUGUGCCUCAGUCCUUUUAAUCCAUGUAUCAAGUUUGAUCAGUAAAA